AUGGAUGAAGAGGUUGAGGACAUUGUAGGCGAUGUUAAGUAUACAGAUUCCCAAAAAAGUAUGACCACAUUAGCCGAGUAUUCCUUAGAUUUCACUGAUAGUAGCUCUGACAAGAACAACUCAUCUGGCAAAGACACAUAUAUUAUUGCCUGCGACAGUGAUGAUGGCGACAAAACAUUUCAGUUACAUAAAAGUGAAAGUACCAUAAAUUUAAUGAAAACCACUAAUACACUUGAUGACGUGAAAAUGAACAUAACUAAUAUACUUGAAGAAGAUUCGAAGAAUUGUCCUGCUAAUACGAUAGACUGGUCAGCGUCCAAGAGCCUACAUAAAUGCAACGUGGAAAUAUUUACUCAAACUAGUAAAACCAUCAUGGAAUUGGCACAAACCGAUUUACAAAUGAACAAACAUACAGACAAUUUGGAGACGCAAACUUCCAUAAUUUCAUUCACGGAAAAUAAAACGGUUCAUUAUACUAUACAAGUUGUAGAUACAAAAUGUAAAUUUAAUAAACAAAUGAAACUUUCUGAUCAAGAGAUGUGUAACAUCACUCAAAAUACAACACUUAAUAACAGUCAAUCAUUACAAGAUGGAUCUUCUGAGUGUCUUGAUUCUGAAAAGGCAUGCGAGGAUCAUUCACAUUGUAGACACAGUUCCGAUGAAGAAUUAAUUCAUCUUAUCGAAGAUGAUUCGAAGGACAAUCUUUUAUGUAAUCAAAAAGAUAUAGAAUAUAACAGUACUGAAUUUAAUUCAGAUAUCGAAGAUGACUCAUUAGAAAAUAUCUAUCAAAAUAACAAUGAAUCUAAAGCGAACGAUAGCGACACUAGUGAAGUGCCAAAUUCUAUAGACAAUGAUGUUGAAGAGCUUUAUAAUAAAUUGUCUAAAAGUCCUUUAUUACUUUCACCAAUUUUAUCGUCAGAACCGAUCGUACGGAAUUUUGGUAUUCUAACACCACUUACUGAAGAGACCGCACAGAAAAAAGACAGCAUUGUUAUAUCUCCCAGCGAACAAACAUUGACACAAAAUAUGGACGAAGAAACACUAUUCAUCAAUAAUGGUGUACGAAUAAAAAUGUUUUCAAACUUUGAAAAUGAUAUAGAAGACAAUAAAUUAAAAUUACCGCCUAUUAUUAAUCAAUCGUUUCCCCACAAUCCACAUUUAAAUUUUAUAUUUUCCUUACAAAAUCAAAAAGCUCAUCUUAACCCGAAUGAAAAACAGGAUGACAAAUCUUAUGAUCGAUGGGAGAUUUGUGACAAAGAACUUGCAUCAGGUGAAAGCCCACUCAAAACUGGAAAAAGCGUUUCCAUCAAAUCUUCUAAAGAUCCUCUCAGACUACCUCCAAUCCACUUAGAAGGAUAUUUUUGCAAUGCUGUCGCCACGAAUAGAUCUAAUAUUGUUACUCCAAACGGACAAGCGUCAUGUAAUGAAUCUUUCGACGUGAUUAGUAUUAAUGGGAAAAUAAAGGAGCUUAAAUUGAAUACUAAAAGAUCUAGGUCUAAGUACGGAAGCAGAAGCGUUUCACCUACAAGUAUAUCCUCUCCUGAAGAAAGCAGGAUAAGUGACGCUACCGAAAGAGGCUGUGACGCGUUGUGCUGUGAAUUAUUACGAAAACUACGAUCCUCAUCAUGGAUGGAAGUAACAGAAACCUUAGAGGACUUGCCGAAAGCUUUAGAAAAAUUCUGGACGACAAUUUCAGAAAGUCGUAUCGCGGACUUGUUACGAAGAGUGACCGGCCACAUCGAGUCUCCGCGGACACAAGUCGCCCGUUCCGCCUGCAACACGCUUGCCGAAAUACUUAAAAAUACCAACUACACUAAGAAGCCAGAUUUCUAUGAAGGUAUAUCCAGUUUAUUAACGAAGACGGGCAGUUAUAACCGGCCAGUGCGGCGCGCGGCCAACGUCGCGCUCGACGAAAUCGUGUGUAAAGUCGACAUUACCCACGCGGUUACUGCCAUAUGCAUUUAUGGCGUAGGGCACAAAAAUGCUCUAGUACGUAGCGCUUCUGCCCGAUUACUUGUAGUGUGUUGUGCGUUAGCGGAGGGCGGGCGGCAGAUACUCCGCGCGCGCCCGCCCACCGCUGUUGCGGCAAGAAAACACGCCUUACGCUCUCUCGCAGAACUGUUACAAGACAAAAACACAGAAACUAGGAAAUAUGCUGAGCGUCUCUACGCAAUGCUACGACCACUCCAAAGCUUCGAAGCGUACUUCCUAGCGGACGUCGAUGUAGAGCUCGCUUCUAGACACAUGAAGAAAUACGAUCAGCUAUUAUUGGGAAAUAAACAAAGUAGA